AUGCCUGUUCCGUUCGAGACUCUACUGCCCUAUGCCAUCAUGAUUGGCAUGUUUGGUGUUACAGGGACCGGCCUUGCCGUCGUCAAGACGUGGCGUAACGAAGGCAAGCGGCCACGAUACUCUCUGGACCAGUGGGAUAGACAAAGUUAG